AUGGUUAGUGCUAUAAUAUUUCACCUUAAGAGCAUCAAUUUUAUAUAUGAUGAAUUAAAGUGUAUUAAUUACAGAAUGAAAUGUUCUGAAUUUAAAAGUAAUCAUAUUACUUAUUCCAUAUUUAUAGCUAUUCAUGGACCAUACAAAGCAACACUGAUGAAUGAAAUCACAAUUAGUAGUUAUAAAACUCUUUUAUGA